GCGUUACUCUAUUUUCUAUUUUUCGGAAUGUAAUAAUAGAAGAAAAAGAUUCUGUACCAUGAGGGCCUGGGAAUUAGCCCACUACAGUCUGAGGAUUUUUUUCAUCACAGUAGCCAACUUGUUUGGUAUCCCUUCAUACCUCACUUGGAUUUUACUUCUCCAACCCCUGAAGCUAUAUUACCCAAAGUUAUUUUGGAAAAUUGAAUCCAUUUUAUUCCAGGGACUUUUGACUAUAGUAACGACAUGGCUGUACUCAGGGGGAUAUACAAUAAUAGAGUCUGGAGACAGUUUGGAAGGGAUCAUGAAUGAUGAAGCAGUGGUUCUUGUAAAUCACCAGUCUACAUCAGAUGUUCCGAUUGUCAUGUCUGCCCUUCAUAACAAAGGUCAGGUGAUUGGGAAGGUCAUGUGGGUCAUGGACGACAUCUUCAAGUAUACAAACUUUGGAUGGAUUUCUUAUUUCCAUGGGGAUUUUUUCAUUGUUCAGGGAAAAGAAGCAAGAACGAAUUCUUUAGAGAAGUUACAAAAACACAUAAAUGAAAUAUAUAAAACAACAUUCAAAAAUUGGAUCAUCCUGUUUCCAGAGGGAGGGUUCCUUCGAAAACGUAGAUUUCGGAGUCAAGAAUUUGCCAAGAAAAACCAUCUGCCAGUUCUUCAACAUGUGACCCUGCCCCGUGUAGGGGCACUUAAAGUAAUCAUGGACAAUCUGGCAUCACAGACUGGAGUUAAUGGGAAUGUAACAGGAAGCAGAUCAGAUGAAAAAACACUAAAGUGGGUUAUAGACAUGACCAUCGGAUAUCCCGGGGCAACUCCAUACAACUCUCAUGGCAUGUUCGUAGGAUACUGGCCCCCCCAUAAAGUUGACAUCCAUUAUCGUGUGUAUCCCAUACAAGAGGUUCCCACCGAAAAGGAAUCCUUGACAAAAUGGUUAUAUGAUCGCUACACAGAAAAGGAAGUUCUCCUACAGGAGUUUUACACAAAAAGCAAACCUUUAGAUGAAUCAGAUAACCAGAAGCGAAUCAUGCCCAGAAUCAAGCGUCAUGAUCUGGUUAUUGAUAAAUGUAUAGCUAGCCUUUUCUACCUGCUUCAUUUGUGUUCAUUUAUAGUUUUCUGGUUUUAUUUAUAUUGUCCUGUUUUAAGGAUAAUCAGAUUUGUAACGAGUUUUGUAUUUUAGAUUUUAUGAAAGAAUAUUUUUACUGUUAUUUUAUUAUUUUUGUGAUGUACAAUCAGGAAUUUUCUUCAUCAUAUUUACUGUAACACCAGUGAACUGGUGCAUUUUACUCACAUGUUCUCACUAAAUGUCCACAGAUUGAAAUAAAAAGUAUUAGUUUUCAUAUAGACUUGUUUAAUACUUGAGAUCUCUUCAAACAAUAUUGAUUUAUGACACUUCUUUUUAGUAUUGUUCUGAACUUUGAAUUAUUUCAUCCUCUCUUAUAAGAUUCUAUGUAGGUAUAGUUAAUUUAAGGUUCAUGGUCCUCCUGCAUGUUCACCCAUAAAAAAUUUUGCUUCAAUGCUAAAUUAUGAUUUUCAAAAGAAAUCUAAUUCAUAAUUAAAAUGGAUGCAAUUUCAGCAUAACUUGUUGGGCCAAAUUUGACUGAUUUAGGAAUGGCCUUUAGUUUGAUAAUUAUAUAAAGGAAUUAUAGUCAUUUAUCCCAAUCAUACUUAUCUCUCUUAACAGAGGGUCAAUGAACCUUAAUCUUAAUGUACUGUAGAUCCUGCAUAUCAUAGGUGAUGCCUGUGUAUAUACUAGUAACCAGAACAAAGUUUAAUGUACAGGAAUCAGCUUUGCAAUGUGUUCAUUUAUCAAGCUUCUGCCAAUAUUUUCCUUCAUAUAAAGUGUGCCUGUAAGAUUUUUCACAGUGAUCUAAGAUGACAAUUACUUGACUUAGUAUAAAUAUCCUGAUUACAUCAACAUCAGUAUCUGUUAAGAUAAUGCAUAUAGUAUGGAUGUUUAUUUUGAAGAUAUAGGGUUCAGGAGGGCAGUAUGUAGAUUUGGCAUUAUAAAAGAAAAAUGUGUUUUAAGACAGCUAGAAAAUAUUUCUGACAAAAUGUGGGAAUUAGAGUAAUAUAGCAAUAAAUGUAAAGGAGAUCAUUUGAGAUAUGAUUUAAUUAUCAUUGCUCUUUCCAGAAUUUGGUCAUUCAGUGAUAGAAUGUUGCACAGGCUACCUUUAUAGAAAUAGGUACUUAUUUUGUUCCUUGUCUUGCCAGCCGAAGAGUUAGUGUUGGAUUUUUAUUAUUAUUAUUAUUAUUAAAUGUAUUAUGCUGUAGAUAUAAAGAUAUACUAGAUUAAGCUGUAUUUUUUUAGUCUUUCAGCAAUAUCAUUCAUGUUUAUUUAUAUACAUAUAUGCGAGAUUGAGUGAACUGCAGUCUUUACAUGAUUUUAAGUCUUGUACAUUAAUAUUUCUCAAAUGCCACCAUUUGAUAUUUGUGUAAAUAUACCAGGACUAGAUCUUGACAUUCCUGAUUUCUUGUAUACCUCAAUAUAUUACUUGAUUUAUUUGAGAAAUAAGAAAAACAUGUAUAAAUAAAUAUACCAGGAAUACAUGUAAAUCUAAGUUCAGCUACCAUACUGUAACUUUCAAGACUUGCACCAUCGUGGGAUUCUUAUGGUAUUACAAAAUUUAAUGUAAGAUUCUGGUAUGCCAACUUUUCUUUGGAUACCCAGUACAUGGGUUAUUUUUGUCCCAUUUUACAUGAAGUAUUAUUUUUGAGUACGUGAAAACUUGCC